CUUGUGUUUCCGGUUUGGAAUGAACGUUCCUCUUUCCGUUUGUAACUUUAAUCAUGGCGGUGGGUAAGAAUAAGGGACUUUCAAAAGGUGGUAAAAAGGGAGUAAAGAAGAAGAUUGUUGAUCCUUUCACCCGCAAGGACUGGUACGAUGUUAAGGCACCAUCUAUGUUUACCAACCGUCAUGUUGGUAAAACAUUGGUUAACAGAACCCAAGGAACAAAAAUCGCUUCUGAAGGUCUGAAAUAUAGAGUAUUUGAAGUCUCUUUGGCUGAUUUACAAAACGAUGGAGAUGCAGAGAGAUCUUUCCGUAAAUUUAGGUUGAUCGCAGAAGAUGUUCAAAACCGUAAUGUUUUGACUAACUUCCAUGGCAUGGAUUUGACAACAGACAAAUUGAGAUCCAUGGUUAAGAAGUGGCAGACUCUAAUCGAAGCUAAUGUCGAUGUAAAAACUACUGAUGGCUAUCUCCUUAGAGUUUUCUGCAUUGGUUUUACGAAUAAAGACCAACUGAGCACUAGGAAGACAUGUUACGCUCAGCACGCACAGGUUAAAAAAAUUAGACAAAAGAUGGUAGACACAAUCACAAAUGAUGUUACAAAAAGUGAUUUGAAAGGUGUUGUCAGUAAACUUUUACCAGACGCUACGGCCAAAGACAUUGAAAAGGCCUCACAAGGAAUUUAUCCACUUCACGAUGUGUAUAUUCGUAAGGUCAAAGUAUUGAAAAAACCACGUUUCGAACUGAGUAAACUGUUGGAUCUCCACGGCGACGGCGGAGGUAGCAAAAGCGAAGAAGUAGGAGAAAGUGGCUCGAAGGUUGACAGACCAGAAGGCUAUGAACCACCUGUACAGGAAUCUGUUUAAGGUGGUAAUUCUCUUUCACUAUUUGAUAUAAAUAAAUGUCACGUGACGGCGGAAAAACUGUU